AUGGCCAACCACCACCCAUCGCCUCAAAUGGCGAUGCAGAUGCAUCACGGUCCGCAAGGGCCCCAGGCCCCAGGCCCUGCUCCCUAUGCCGCGUCUCCGUCGCGUGCCAUCCUCACCGUCAACGAACAUCUAUGGAUGCAAAUUGGCAGUUUCUCGGAGCUCCUCGGCAAUCUCGAAGAGGCUAUGAGCGCCUACGAGCACGCCCUUCGCGCGAACCCUAAUUCCGUCCCGGCGAUGAAUGCGAUCAGUCUCAUUCUACGAACUCGGGAAGAGUUCCACAAGGCGGUCGAUUUUCUCCAGGCCAUUCUCAAAAUAGAUGACAGGAAUGGUGAAGUCUGGGGUAGCCUCGGCCACUGCUUUCUCAUGAUGGACGACCUACAGCAAGCGUACGCGGCAUACCAGAAUGCAUUGGUCAACUUGCCAAAUCCCAAAGAGCCUAAGUUGUGGUAUGGCAUCGGUAUUCUCUAUGACCGCUAUGGGUCCUUGGAGCAUGCGGAGGAGGCGUUUUCGCAAGUCAUGCAGAUGCAACCCGAUUUCGAAAAGGCCAACGAAAUAUACUUCCGUCUGGGCAUAAUCUACAAGCAACAAUCCAAGUAUGGACAGAGUCUGGAGUGUUUCAAGUACAUUGUGACAUCGCCUCCGCCGCCUUUGACUGAGGAAGACAUCUGGUUCCAGAUCGGUCAUGUACAUGAACAACAGAAAGACUACGACAGUGCCAAAGCCGCAUACAGUCGUGUUUUGGACCGCGACCCGGCCCAUGCAAAGGUCUUGCAGCAGCUCGGCUGGCUUCAUCACCAACAAAGUAGCAGCUUUUCGACCCAAGAACGAGCCAUUGAAUAUCUCGAAAAGUCCGUAGCAGCCGACAACAGCGAUGCGCAGAGCUGGUAUCUCCUCGGCCGAUGCUACAUGUCACAGCAGAAAUACCCCAAGGCAUAUGAGGCAUACCAGCAAGCGGUAUACCGAGAUGGACGAAACCCUACAUUCUGGUGCUCGAUUGGCGUGCUCUACUACCAAAUCAACCAAUACCGCGACGCCUUGGAUGCCUACUCUAGAGCUAUUCGACUGAACCCGUACAUUUCUGAAGUCUGGUAUGACUUGGGUACUCUGUAUGAGUCCUGCAACAACCAGAUCACCGAUGCACUUGAUGCUUAUCAGAGAGCUGCCGAGCUGGAUCCUGCAAACCCGCACAUCAAGGCCAGACUCACGCUACUUCGGCAAAAUGGCUCGAACAAUAACAACAUGCCUCAGGGGCCUCCCCCGAUGCCCACUGAUGUGCACCCCCAAACCUACGGCGCUCAAGGGCCGCCGGCUCCGCAAUGGACCGGAGCAUCCGCGGCACCCCAGCAGCAGCAGAAUGGACGCCCUCCUCUUGGACCUCCGGGACCAACAGGACCGGGAGGAGUCAAUGGAUGGAGCAAUAGGUUGUCCGAGGUCAACCCUCCCCAACCGCAGCCGCCUAACCCCUAUGACCAGCGAGAUCCUUUCCGCGGGCCUGCACCUCCCAUGGCACGAGGACCAAGUCCCCGUCAGGAGCAGCAGAUGCGUCCUUAUGGCGGCGAUGCAAGUCGUCAAGGUCCUGGGCCGAUGAGACGGGGACCUUCACCUGGACCUCCACAACACUACGGCCCGCCUCCAGGUCAAUCUCAACCACCGCCCCCUUCUUCACAAGGCCCGCCUGCUAGAGUAAGCAAUCCUAACUACACGCCGGCGCCAUCCGCCAGCAUGCCUCCCACCAACGGACCCCCUCCCAAUGGCGCCCCGCCACCGCACAACCUGAUGCCCUACCGUCAAGGCUCCCCUCGCUCCGAUUCACGCCCGCCUAUGCAUGAUAACCGCAUGCCCUCGCCUAAGUCGGCAUAUCCUCAACAUCAACCGCCUCCAUAUGCUCCGCACCACGAACCUGGUCCUAGCAGCAUGGACAACGGUCUUCCCCAACCGCCAUCCAAGGGCCCUAUGGGUCCUGAUGGUCCCGUGCAUCGUGCCGAUGAUCGACCGCCUUCGGUUGGGCCCAAAAGACUGCGGGAGUGGGAGGAUGAGCCAUCAAUCAAGAAGCCCGCAUCGGAUGAAAAUCGCGCCAGGAUGGACGACAUGCGCCAUCGACGCCCGUCCACACCUCUUCGCGGCGGCGAAGCAUACCGUCGUGCUUCACCCGACGCACAUCGCUUUGAGGACCAACGCCGCUUGGAGGAGCAACAACGCCGUGUGGAGGAGCAACGCCGGGUUGACGAACAGCGUCAUGCUAAUGAGAACUACCAUCCUUCUGAAGCUGCGCAUCACCCUCCAGCUCACCAGAUGCCUAAUCACCUACCUCCAAUGCAACAAGGCCCUUCACCAAUGCCGGGCAUCAUGCACGAGCCACCUCAGCCAGUUCUCACACCAAAGGACUACGCCCAGGACGAGCGUUCCAGAGUAGAACAUCCCCCUGUCGCCCCUGCUCCUCCCCCACAGAUGAGUGAGCCUGAGCGAGCUGCCAGAAAAAUGGACGUUGAUGAGGACUAUGAUGACAGUGGUGAAGAAGAGAAGAAGAUAAGCAUGGGCGGGCCUAACUCUGGACCGGGCUCAGCUGCCGGUGACCUGAAGAACGCGACACCCACCAGCGCUGGUGGGAUGAACGGGAUGAUGGGAACCGCUCCAAAGACGGAGGGCGCUGCUUAG